AUGACUAACGACCUUAUACAGAAACCUCACUCAAUUUUAUAAUCAAAAUCCGCCAGAAAUAUCAAAACAAAGACAAAGCGCUUCUCGUUCAAACAGAAAUAAAUUGACCUUUAAAAACUAGACUAUAAUUCAGCUUCUCCUGUAUUUUCCAAAAAUGAAUCGACUAAAGAAUCAAAUGAAGAAUAAAUGCUAGUAAAUAAAACAUCGAGAGACUAAAAUAUCAGAUAAAAACUAAAAAGAUUAGGUAAAUUUGAUCACGAAGAUGAGUUUAUUGCUACUUUGUGCCUGGUCAAGCUACGAAGAAGAAUUAAUUCAAAUAGCUUUGAUGAGCUCUCAUUCGUAUCCUCCCCAAAUUUUUAAAAUCAGCCCGUAUAAGAGAUAAAGUAUCCUUUGUUAUAAAAGACCGAGAAAAUAUAAGAAAUCAUGGAAUCUGAAUAAAUUCAACUGGAACCCUAGAUUUAACUGCCUAGAAUAAAUUAGUUCACAUUGUUGCAGGAAGCUUUAUUAUAGCCUGCUGGGAAAAAUGAUGUAAAUUCCCAGCCAGUUCUUAUUAUACCUGAUAAAACUCUAUUGGGUCCAUUUUCCCACAUAAUGCAAUAAUAGUAUGUGAACAGAUUUUAUUGA